CUCAGCCUUUCCCCGCCUGGGGCCGCAGCCGCACCAUUGGUUGCUCCGAGUCUCCAAAAGGGGCCCUCCGAUUCCUCACUGGGUCAGUCUGGUGCUGGGUCGUGGAGCUCCGCACAACUCCCGCUGGUCCUUGAACUGGAUCCCUUCUUCCCAGAGUUGCGAGUAACUUUCCCGUCUCCCAGGCGCCGCGGUGGCUCGGGUACCCGGGCAGCCGCAGGUAGCAGAACCCGGGGCCACGCUACCCGCGCCUGGGCUGCGCGCGCUUAGGUCGCUCUCUCUCGGUGCACGCUGGGGGUCCCCGAGCUCGGCUCUGCGGGCGAGAUGCCCCUGGGACACAUCAUGAGGCUGGACCUGGAGAAAAUCGCCCUGGAGUACAUCGUGCCCUGCCUGCACGAGGUCGGCUUCUGUUACCUGGACAACUUCUUGGGCGAGGUGGUGGGCGACUGCGUCCUAGAGCGCGUCAAGCAGCUGCACAGCAACGGAGUCCUGCGCGACGGCCAGCUGGCGGGGCCGCGCGCUGGCGUCUCCAAGCGGCACCUGAGGGGCGACCAGAUCACGUGGAUCGGGGGCAACGAGGAGGGCUGCGAGGCCAUCAACUUUCUCCUGUCCCUCAUCGAUAGGCUGGUCCUGUACUGCGGGAGCCGGCUGGGCAAAUACUACGUCAAGGAGAGGUCCAAGGCAAUGGUAGCUUGCUACCCAGGAAACGGAACAGGUUAUGUUCGACAUGUAGACAACCCCAACGGAGACGGCCGCUGCAUCACCUGCAUCUACUAUUUGAACAAGAACUGGGAUUCCAAGCUACACGGCGGGGUCCUGCGGAUAUUUCCAGAAGGGAAGUCAUUCGUAGCGGAUGUGGAACCCAUUUUUGACAGACUGUUGUUCUUCUGGUCAGACCGCAGGAACCCACAUGAGGUCCAGCCUUCCUAUGCAACCAGAUAUGCUAUGACUGUUUGGUACUUUGAUGCUGAUGAAAGAGCAGAAGCCAAAGAGAAAUUCAGGAAUUUAACUAGAAAAACAGAGUCUGCCCUCACCGAAGACUGACUGCGCUCCAAAAUCUGCUGUUCUCCUUCAUUUUAGCAACGGUUUCUGAAUUCUCUUUAAGAGUCGCAACCCAAAGAAGGCCUCUUCAGUGAAUUGGUGAUGAGCAACCCCCUGCUGCUCCCAUCGUCACAUCCCUGUCUUGCAAAUGGUACUCCGUGUUCUCUUGCCCAGACUGCAUCCACCUUCGACACUUUCUUUGCCAGAUGAACUCAUUAUCUAACUCAGAAAAUACCUGCAGACCACCUCUCUGGACAGCAGUUUAACGGAUAGAUUUGGUAAUACUGCCUAUCAAAAUGAGAGCCCAGAAGCAGGGAAUGAAUUUUAUUUGCACUUUAUGUACACUUUCUGAUUUGAAAGGAGGAGGCUUGCAAAGAAGAAACAACGGUGACAGGUGCCACAGAGAGGCAUCAUUGAAGGCUUAACAGCAAGAAGCAGGAGUUUGUGUCAUCUGAACAAUUUCCAGAUGUUUUUAAUCCAGGGCUGUUGGGCUUCUGGAGAAGUAACACAACCUGAUGACAUCAUUACCUCUAGAAAGGGCUGCUGUCACAGUCAUCCAUCUAUAAGUGUCCCUGGGCGGACACUUAUUCCUGGUUUUACAACCUGGACUUUCUGCCUUUGCCCCAUUUCACUGAACAUAUGACUUUCCGAUUUAAAAAAAAAAAAAAUGACAACACCAUUUAUUUUCUAUUUUACUUCUUACUUGAAUUCCUGAGAGGCAAACACUAGACAUUAAUUGUUUGGUUGCUUUGUUGAAAUGAAAUUUGAAUUUAAAGCAAAGGGGAAAAAAAUUUAACCUGGUAGUUUAGAGUCAGCGAUCUCUGACACUGGUGUCGAAGACCUGGAUUGGCCGAUGUACAACAAACGUGUGUGCAUCUUGAACAUUUUGAGAGCGAUAUGGAGUUGGAAAUGUGGACAUUCUCGUUUUUCUGUUUUCCUUUCUAAUGAGCUCACCCUUUAAAAAAAUAAUAAUGAUUUUAACAACUAGGGUGCUGUGUUUAAAAAAGGAAAUGGAAAUAAAACCAAAAAAUCGUGAAAAGCUGUUUGAGUUCUUUCACGUAUCCUGUCCUGAGUUGCCUUUUUCAACAGACUCGACUCUCCAGAUCCACUGAGGUCGACAGUGUGGCCAGAAGCACAGACUCGGCGAGGACUGUGAGGAGGCUCCGCCGCCGCAGCGAUCCCAGAACUCCGCACCGAGUGCCUGCUUUAUGAAAGCUACUCUUCCUAGUUUUCAAAUUUUUAAAAUCCCUUAAUUACUUGCUUGAAAAUCCCUUGAACUAUCAAGACCCAGGAAUAUUUUCUUUGGUCAUUUAUGGAUAUAUAGACUUUGAAAGAAAGAAGCUAAUUAAAAAAAAAUUUUCUUUUCCUUUUCUGGUUUAGAAAAUGUCUAGUGAAGACAUGUCUUCAUUCUCAUAACUGCUCUCUCUCUUUUUUUUCCACAGUACUUAUCACCUUCUCACUUACUAUGUAAUUUUCUUAUUUAUUGUGUUUAUUAUCUUGUAUCUUUCCUCUGGAGUGUAAGCUCAAAAAAGACAGAGGUUUUUGUACGUUUUUAACCAAAGGGAUGUAUUCCCAGCACCUAAAAUAGUGCCUGACACACAGUAAAGACUCAGUACAUACUUCUGAAUUAACUCACUUUCCUACCUUCACAUGUCAAUAAUUAGAUUAAUUUUCUUCAUCUUUGGCAGAAAGGGCACGCUAGAAUUUUUCUACACACAUCACUCAUUGUCGACUUACACAUUUAGGCUGAGAGUUUUAGAAAGCUUUGGUCAUCGUGUCAUCUCAUAUUUGUUCACCUGUUUGAACAGGUCAUUGACCACUGUGAACCUGAAAAUUGAACAAAGGAGAAUCCUGCCCUUGAGUAUCCUGGGACUGUAGGAAUAACUUACACGAAUAGCUUCAUAUAGGGUAGAGCACAUUCCUCCUUCAGCACAAUUUUGAACAACUUCAUUAAGAGAGAAAGAAAGGAGGUUGUUUCACAGGAAUUUUAUAUUCUUUAAAAUUGUAACAGAUUUUUUUUUCCCCAUGAUUACUAACAUCAUAAGAAUGACAGUGGGAAUAUUCUGAAGAAAUAAUCGUGUUCCGAUAAUAUGUCUUGUAUCUUUCAUCUUGGUCAAUAGUUUGACUUGCCAAAAUAUCGGACCUCUUAAGCCUUGCUUGCUCCUUUCAGACGAA